AUGACACCUGCUGCCAGGAAAGCGAUAUUACAGCGCACCACCUCCACUCGGCGUAAAGUCACCAAGGUCGAAGUUGACGCUGCCACCCCGGCCACCAGCAAACCAGCACGUCAAACCCGCUCUUCCGGCGGCAAGAAAACUGCUGUCGCUGUUGCUGAAGAUGAAAUCCCAGAAACUCCGGCAGCCAACACCACCACCCCCACCACCUCCAAGAUCCCCACCUCCCGCUCCAGCAAGAAGACUACCGCCACCAGCAGCCGUCCCCGCCGCAGCCUGGUCCUCUCGCCGCUUUCGCAUCCUCCGCCGGCCGAAACCCCCCCACCCCCACCCCCACCCCCAAAAGAGAAGUCGACUAAAUCUCGUAUCCCGCGCAGGUCGACGGGUAGUUGGGAGGGUAAGGACGGGCUGUACAAUAUUCCGAGCGAGAUAUUGGCGUCGCAUGGAAGCGUGUGGGACGGCAAGAGUGGGCGCAGGGUCAGCGGUCGGACUAACGCCAUUGCCCCAAACAUUGCGCCGAAUGUCGUGGAGGAGCCGGUGAAGAGUGUGCAGAAGAAGACGGGGGAGAAGAUGGAGACCAAGAAGGAGACCAAGACGGAGACUAAGGCGAAGGCGAAGACUAAGAAGGUGGUUAGUUAUGAGUUUUCGGAUGAGGAGGAGUAAUGUGCGAUUACUCUGCGGGAUAGUGUGUGAGAGACACACAGAAAGAGAGAGCGCGCGCGCUGAUUUCUGCUUGCAUUUUGUCGAUG